UAGGGAACCAUGGGCUUGAGUAACAUUGGGUGUUCCAAAUCUGAGUGGAGUGGCUUUGAAGUUUGACAGUUUGUGUUGCACAACAUACAUCACAAGACUUAAUUGUACAGACAGUUUAUCAAAGUAUGUUAAAGUAACUGUGGUUACUGUUUUUUUUCUUCUCUCCGGUAGUCUCAGUAUGAGCCUCCACACCAUGAACAGCCUGCAUCUGGUGCCCAAGAAGGACUCCGUGGCUAACCAGCUGGUGAGUGGAGCCUUGCAGCUGGCCAGGAACACCACCCUCUUCCUGGAUGAGAUGCAGCUGGAGCAGAGUCAACUGGACACCUCAGGUGUGGGGAACAUCCCGGCUCUGGGGAACCUGAUCUCCUGGCAGAAGGUUGGCUGUGACUUCAACUACCACAAGAUGGAAUUCCCUUGCAAUAUUAAACGUGCUCAUCACGUCAGAGGGCAGAUCCCUGCUGCCGGUGAGGACAGACAAAGGCGUCAAAUCAAAUUUUAUUGGCCACAUACACAUACUUAUCAGAUGGUAUUGCGGGUGUAGUGAAAUGCUUGUGUUCCUAGCUCCAACAGUGCAGUAGUAUCUAACAAU